AUGGCGUUCUUCUCCGGUCUUUCGAGCUCUAUUGGCAAGAAGCUCCUCCUGUAUGGGCUGCGGCAAAUUGACAUACUCGACAAGGAUCCGGCCGACUUCGUCAGCGUGGAUGUUGGGAAGAAAACCACGCUCGAGGUUCGAGAUGUCGGGCUACACGUCAAGAUAUCCAUAGAAGUGCAUGGCAUACAAGUGCAGGCUAGAUUGGUGGAGGAAGAACGAGAAACCGUGAGUUCAAAGUCCAAAGCGCAAGCCUCGGGCUCGAAGCGGCUGUCAUCGCCUCCACCAUUCCGAGACGACGUCAGCGAUACCUCUUCAGAUGGCGACGAUCAUGUGCCCACCGUAGAUGAGCUUGCCAAAUCGUUUCUGCGAGCGGAACCUACGGCGGAAAUACGGGAACUUGAACAACAGCUGGAGUCGCGUCCUGAGUACAUGCAAGAGUCGAUGGCCUCGAACGACGACGAAUCUGAUGACGGUUCAGCCGGCAUGGGAGCGCCUCUUGCGCUUCCGAGCUAUUUGCGAAACAUCCUGAAUACUGCAUUGGACCGGCUCAGCAUCGUCGUGAACGACAUCGAUGUGGAAAUGGAGGACCAAUUUUCGGCCGAUGCAUCUGAUGUGUCAAGCUCAGCUCAAAGCUCACCGGCAUCCUUGAACUUCCACAUAGAGCGCGUUGCAAUCGAUUCGGUCACGUCUCAAAAUCCCCAUGUCGAAGUAGGCUCUACGGAGUCACCUCUAGCCUCAGACGCCAAUCUUGGCAAACGCAGGAUGCGGAUAGAAAGCAUAUGCGCUCGUCUGGUAUCAGACGCAGAAGACUUUGAGUCCAUGUCAAAGAUGUCGCAAAUCCCUUCACCGGUCCUGGCGCGUUCAGAGCUGUCUACUGGCCAUAAAGCCCCAAGCGAGCCGUCGUCUGAUGACCAUGUACUGGAGGCGGCACUUGAAGCUGAUGCUGUACCAGAUUCUCAACACAACGGCGAGUCAACAAGUCCACACGACUCUUAUGUGCCAUCGAUACAAGCCUCUGUUGCAAGCUUUCGCGAGCAACGCAGCGCUUCUGCAGUGCCAAGCUCACCAGAACAACCCCAACUGACUUCCUCAGUCCAUACAGUUGACGAUGAUCGCUUUGCAGAUGCCUUCUCCGACGAUGGCCUACAUGAGGCUCUCGAUGAAUAUUCACCAUCUCAUUCGCGACAAUCCCUCCCAAUUCGAGACUUGGGGGGCAGCAGUAUUCUCUACGAUGAUGACGGCAUGCUUGACUAUGCACUACAGCAUGAUAUGCUGAAUUCUAGAUUCGAGGACGUUUUCGAUGAACAGUCUCCUACAGAUGAGACUGGCCGCUCUGAAGUACUGCAAGCUUCAAUACCUGCGAGCGAAACGUCAAUAGCAGGCCUGCCGACUGUUUCCGCGCUUGGCCAAUCAUUCCGUCCACCGAGCGAGUUGUCGAAAUCAGAACUGCCCACCGUCUCCGCGCUUGGACGAUCAUUCCGCCAUCCAAACGACCUGUCAACGGAUCUGGCCGAAUCACAAUUGUUCAGCCAUGACGAGGCAGAAAGCAUGUACAUGAGUGCUCUGAGCGCAGCGCAAGCAGACACAGCGCAUGCAGGCCAUAUUCCCGGAGGAUGGGACUCGUCAUCGGGUUCCAGCCAGAGCACGGGGUCAGUCGCAUCUGGUUCAGUGCCUGAGGAUAUGAUUGCCGGCAGCAUACUGGCACCAUUUCCCGAACCAGAAGAGGGUUGCGAAACGCCUCGUCCUGCAACCCCUCUUGGUCAAGCACACCCGGUGCAAGUUGAUAGGGCCCAGACUCCGACUAUGCAUGGAGGCAUUCACAAGCAAGCGAAGCUGUUUUUGACGGUCGACCUAGUUACUGUGUGGUUUCCUUUGGGCUUGGACAGUCAAGAAAGCGACGUGGCAUCUGAGUCUGUCAUGGAAGACUCCAGCAUGGACUUCAAAUCACCUAGUCUCGGCGAAGACUCGAUCUUUGCAGAGAUGCCGGGAUCCUUCUCCAACUACGCACAAUCCUCUUCGCAUCGACGCAAGCCGUCGCUCGAGGCUUCAAGCCGAAGACGCGUCACUACAAAAGGCGAACAAACAGAACGAACUGCCAACAAGCCAACCUCACCUUCGUCAGUAAGUGUCGAAGUUGGCAUAGUAGCUGGCCAUAUGGACUUAUCGACCGGCCGCAUCAUGUACAGAAUGUUCAGCCGAGUUCUUGCCGCUCUUACUGGCGAAACACCAAUGAACACCAAGCCCGAAAUCCCGGACGAAAUCACCAAGGAUUCUACCAACGGCUUGAAUGUCGUUGUACAGCGUAUUGGUAUCUCUUGGCUUGAGAACAUCUUGUCCGAGUCAGCCAUGGCAGGAGAUGCUGCAAGUCGUGUACUUGCGCACGCUCCGCUCGACGCCAUCAUCAGGACGAGCUGCGAGAACGUUCGCAUCAUCACUCAGAACCGCUCUAAAGAGUCAAGAACAAGGCUUCAGGUUGGUCAAUUCGUGUUGGCAUCCUUGGACCAUGAUAUUUUAGCUUUUCAGUCUUCAAAAGCACGUUCUAGGCGCUCCGUCAGCAAUGUUUCGGAGCAGCUUAGUAAUGAUAUCGAGAUCGACUACGAACAGGGCAAAGAUAAGCGCAUCACAGUCGUGACUCGUCCUGUGCGUGUCUUGCUUGACCUUCAGAAGAUUGAUGACGCGCUCAGCUCUUUUGGUGGUUUCAGCGGAGUGUUGGAGUUGAGCAGUUCCAUUAGCUCUGCGAACGCUACUGUCGACAGUCCCGUCAUGUCGCCAACACAACCUCGAGCUCGUGGUGUGCACUUUGGCGACAGUGCACCAUCUGCUCCACAGGAAGCUGUAGCGCCAUCCAAAGCUCCAAAGACCCAAGUACAACUUGGAGAAGUAGCUUUCACACUUAAAGGCAGAACCUGCGCAGUGAAGCUUCAGACAACAUCCGUUCGGAUAGCUAUGCGAGAAGGCAAUGUUCGUUUAAAGGUGUCGGAAAUUCAUCUAUCAGGUCCAUACUUGAACUUGGCCCAAACUGGUGCGCCACUGCUUGUGGACGUCCGAGGCACUACAGUCAAUUUCCUCUUUGCGCCGGAGGAAGCAGACCUUGCCCGGCUGAUAUCCAUGAUCACGCCAAGCAAGGAUCCAUAUGAAAAUAACGAUGACAUUCUCAUUGAUACGCUCCUGCGCCAGCGUCGAAAAGGCUCCGUCCUUCGAAUCGAAGUGAGUGGUGUUGGCGUUCGGGUGUCGGAUCUCGAACAGAUGAAGAGCUUUGAGGCUCUGGGUUUAGAGGUCGCCCGGCUGUCAAAGGUCACCAAGUACCUUCCGGACGACGAUCGACCGGGACUGCUCAGUCUUGUCACUGUGCAACAAGUCGAUGCAGCUAUAGCUAUCAACGAGCAACUCGGUGAUGUUUCCAUCUCUCUUACUAGCUCUUCAGUCGCUCAUGUCGGUGUACCGGCCCUGUUAGCAGCGGAAGUGGGCAAGGCCAAAAUCUGUCGGGGAGAAGAGACAUUGCUGCACGAGGUUGUAAAGUCACAACAACAAGAACAUCUACCCGCCAUAAUGAUUAGGAUGGUCGGAGACGAGAUGGAGCCUAUGAUCAAAGCAAAGCUCUUCAAUGUUUGUGCUGAGUAUCGGGUCUCGACACUCAUGGCGGCACUUGGGAUCUCUGAGGACGGUACCGUUGACGAUAUUGCACUUGGAAUCGCUGCAAGUGUGGCGACUAUCACUGGUACAUCGUCGCCAAAGACCCUUAGUCGGCAAUCGACCCAAGCUAGUCCACCCACAAUACCGGCGGCGAAGCCAUUGCAGGUCGAUCUACUCAUGCGCAAUUGCGCAGUUGGCCUGAAUCCUCGCAAGAUCGCAUCAAAGGCUUUGUUUGUCCUGACGGAUGCCCAUAUCGCAGGAAAGCAGGCGAAGGACAAUUACUGUGUGACGUUGGAGCUUCGCAAAGCCUCAAUACAUGCCAUCGAUGAUGUAGCGCGUCUUGAAGAGGACUAUGUACCUCCAUCGCCAGCUGUCGCGGCUUUGAUGAACCGCCAUCUACACGAGCUUCGAGAGCUGGGUUACGUGUCCCUGAGUUCUAUCUCAGCUGCAAAGGUGCUUGUCAACAUAGCUGGGGACGGCAAAGAUCAGCCUCAACUGGUGGAUGUUGAAUUCAAGAAUGAGCUCUUCGUCUUGGAAUCAUGCGCAGAUUCGACACAAACUCUCGCAGCCAUCUUGAAUGGUCUCCAGCCACCCACUCCCCCGUCAACAGCAGAGCAGUAUCGCACUGUUGUACCCUUACAAGAGAUGAUGGAGUCUUUCACAGGCGAUGCCAUCUCUGCUCAAACCGAGAUUGAAGACGAUGACUUCAUGAGCAAUGCAGAUCUGGUUGAUGACGAAGUACCUACAAAUCUUGAGUUUGUGGGAAGCAUGUACAACUCACAAUCUUUGCCGACGGACGAGGAGAUGGGAGAUAGCUUACUUGGCGAAGAUGAUCUUGGUGCCCUAGCGACUCCACCCAUCACACGUCAACGCGGCGAUAGAGCACUUCUGGAGAGCUUCCAGGAGAAGUAUGAGGUCACUGAGACGGAGUCAGAUUUCGACUUCAAUGACAACUACUUCCAGCAGUCUGAAGAGGAUGGUAAGGGCAAAGCUCGCAAAUGGGAUUCGGCGAAGAAUCAGUAUCACCUCUCAAAUGAGUUCAAGCAGCCCGAAGCACCGCUCAAGGUUCGCGUAAGAGAUGUUAACAUUAUCUGGAAUCUCUACGAUGGCUAUGACUGGCCACGAACUCGAGGCAUCAUUACCCAGGCCGUCGAUGACGUCGAGGCCCGUGCUGAGGAGCGUCGUCAGAAAGCUCUAGAGGAUGAAGAAGAUGAUGAUUUUGUCGAGGAAGACUUUCUGUUCAACUCUGUAUGGAUUGGGGUUCCGGUCAAGGAUGAGAAGGGUGCGCUCGCACGCCGAAUCAACCAUGACAUUGACGAUCUCGCCAGCGAGACUGGAAGCUAUGCGACAUCGACAAAUACACGAUCUACAGGUGCCACUGCGCGCCCACGCAGCACAACCAAACCUAAGCGUCGCCUCAAGCUUGAGCGCAGCAAGCACAAAAAGGUCGCCUUCUCACUGAUGGGUGUCGCUGUGGAUCUCAUUGUGUUCCCUCCUAACAGCGGCGAGACUGUCAACUCGAUUGAUGUACGGGUCAGAGACUUGGAAAUAUUCGACCAUGUACCAUCAUCGACCUGGAGGAAAUUUCUUACGUGUUUGAUUGACCCGAGUGCAAGGGAGAUGAACAAGCCCAUGAUCAAUCUUGAUCUUGUCACGGUGAAGCCAGUCACAGAACUAGCUGCCUCGGAGCUGGUUAUCAAAGUCACGGUCCUACCCUUGCGCCUUCACGUCGACCAAGAUGCACUCGACUUCAUCACGCGCUUCUUCGAAUUCAAGGAUGACUCCGCCCCCAGUGCUGCUCCAGCCGGCGACCAGCCCUUUAUCCAGCGCCUUGAAGUGAAAGCUGUAACUCUAAAGCUUGAUUACAAGCCCAAACGGGUCGACUAUCGUGGCAUCCGCUCCGGUCAUACUACUGAAUUCAUGAACUUUCUGAUUCUCGACGGAUCCGACAUCACCCUCCGCCACGCCAUUGUCUACGGCAUCACAUCUUUCGACAAGCUGCACAACACACUCAACGACGUCUGGAUGCCCGACGUCAAGCGCAACCAACUUCCCGGCGUCCUCUCCGGUCUCGCAGCCGUGCGCCCCCUCGUCAACGUUGGCUCAGGCAUGCGCGACCUUGUCGUAGUCCCGAUGCGUGAGUACCGUAAGGACGGCCGUAUCGUCCGCAGCUUACAAAAAGGCGUGUAUGCAUUCGCAAAGAACACAACAUCCGAAGUCGCCCGUCUUGGUGCCAAAGUCGCAAUUGGCACUCAGAACCUCCUCGAAGGCGCGGAAGCGUUCCUCGCGCCCCAGGAACCCGCAUCCUGGGACGGCGAAGACCCAGACUCGUCGUCCGACGAACCACGCGCGGUGUCGCACUACGCCAAUCAACCCAUCGGCGUACGUGCGGGCCUGCGAUCCGCUGCGAAGCAUCUCGAGCGCGAUCUCCUGACCGCGCGAGACGCUGUCAUUGCGAUCCCGUCGGAGAUCAUGGAAGAGGGGAGUGGAGUCGGCAUGGCGAGAGCAUUGGCUAGGCAUGCGCCUACUGUUAUUCUUCGGCCGGCUGUGGGCGCGACGAAGGCGGUUAGCAAUGCACUACUCGGUGUGGGCAAUGCGCUGGACCAGGGGAGUCGGAGAAAGAUUGAAGAUGUAAGUUUUCUGAGAAGUGGUGUGUUGAGGAUGUGUGCUAAUUUUGAGGACAGAAAUACAAGUCCUCUUAGAUGGACGUCGCUGCGCUGGAGUUGGCAGUUCAUACCUCACAGGGCUGCCAAAGACUCUUUUGGACUCAUUCGCAUCGGCAUCUAG